AUGGAUACUACUAAAGAAGCUAAAAAGGGAGAGGAAGAUGUUAAGAGAGCCAAGGCUAGAAUUACAUUAACAUGCAAAAAUUUAAAAUCAGUAGAAAAAGCCUCAAAUGAAAUUAUAACAAGAGGUAAAAAAAUCGAAGAAGUUGAAGUUAAAGGACCUGUUAGAAUGCCAACUAAAAUUUUAGUACAUACUGUCAGAAAAUCGCCAUGUGGUGAAGGUUCAAAAACUUGGGAAAGAUAUGAAAUGAGAAUAUAUAAAAGGGUUAUUGAUUUAACUUGCUGUGUUUCAGAUAUAAAGAAUAUUACCAAUUUCAGGAUUGAUCCUGGUGUUGAGAUUGAAUUAACUAUUACAUCUGAUGAAUGA